AUGAAUCUGGAGGGCCUUCCACCCUUCCGGCGCUUGCCAUCCGAGCUUAUCAGACUUAUAUUUACACUUCUAGUCAGUGACGGACCCACGAGUCUCCAUGAUCUUAAACUAGUGAGCAGGUUAUUCUACAAUCACGCUAGCAUAGCAGCCAGGUCUAUAAUCUACCGCGAUAUAGCAAUCAAGGUAUGCAGGCAUUAUGCGCUGACGAAAUCGACCGAGGAGAUCGUGAACGGGCUUGACAAGACAAGGAGCUUCCACUGUGUCCGUCGGCUUAUCAUUGAAGAAAGCCUUUCCACGUGCGAGGCGGAUGUCUCUUGUAAGGUGCGUGUUGACUGGUGUCCGCCGAAGCUUACUGACCUGAGGCGCACGGAUCUGGAUGAGCCCUACGAACCUGCGUGUGCUGCAGGCUUGCAGGAGACACCAUGGUGCCCAAACACCCGCGAUGCAGACGCUAGGCUAAGCGACAGACGGAAUCAUGCAUGGAGGCCCGUGGCAGAGUUGAUUAGAAAUCUGCCUGCGCUGACAGACUUGUUCUUCAGGUGCGGCGGCCAGUUCCCUGCCUGUCUUCUUGAUGCCUUGCAUGACUGCGCGCCCCGAUCGCGGCUACAUCUCCAGACAUUCUCCUUACCCGGUGUGGAUGCACUCAUGGAAGACUCCCAAGAGCACAGGUUGGUAUUCUCGCCGGCCUUGCAUAGUAUCAUGCUGCAGUACAAUGAAAACGGGGUGUGUGGCUAUGACAACAGCCCCUGCUACCGAAUGAAGACUAUCCAGCGUCUGGUCAAGUCGGCCCCGAAUUUGAAGGAAGUACAAGUCACCCGUCGCGAAGCGCGGAAGACCUUCACAUCUGCCCCUAUAACUAGUCCUUUGCGAAAGCCCAAGACGGACGAGGACGGUACCUCCCUGUCUCCUGCAUCGUUGAAACUCCUGAGAAUAAUUGACCAGGUCCCUUUGACAGCUAGGACACUCCUUGAAUGGGGCAGGCACACCAGAUUCUCCGAGCUAGAAACCCUUGAGCUCUGCUCCCUGGCCGAGCCGAAGGCAUUAAUGGUUUGGUCUCAGCAGCUCCAGUUUCCGAAGCUAAAAGUCCUCUAUUUACAAGUCAAGGCCCAUGCUUUUCUCGAGGAGGACACUCCUACCACCGAGUUCUACGAGGCUGCAACCCAUUUUAUCAAGAGCCUCCCGCCACUGAAGGAGCUAUACUUUGAAGGGUGGCACUCACAGGUUUCUGUGGACCCGCUAGGUCAUCACCAUGGCUGUUGCUUGCGCAGGCUGGACCUCGCAGGUCCCCAGGCCUGGCAAUGCUUAACUGAACGCGACAUCCUCCAACUCGGAGAACAUUGUCCACUCCUGGAAAGCCUGGAUCUCAUGAUCCCGCGCUCCCAGGGAGACGCGACCGAAGUUGCCCUUUACAAGGCCAUAGGAACCCUACCACAUCUCAAAUACCUGCACUUACACCUAGACAUAUCCGAUGCAUCCCUCGGUACAAGCCAAGAUAACAUGGUAACAGACCCCGAACAAGAAUUCCGUCGCGAUCGCAAUCCACUCCCCAAUAGAAACACCAAGCCACCUAGCGAGCCAUCAUUCGACGAGUUCGGCAAUGAAAUCUCCAUCAAGGACCUAGGGGGCUGUUACCGAAGCCGCAACGGCCACGUCCAACGACUAUUCAGAAACUGCGCCAUAGACUCGAGUCUCGCAUCCUCUGCUAUCCAAGAUCGCUUCGCUACCCUUGAUUCCUUCCUUGAGGACGAGUUUGCUACCACCUCAGCUGUGAUGCAGGAUCUGCACACAAGCAUUUGCUCUCUUCGUGAGAUGAUGCAGACUCAGACAACUGCUAUGCAGGAGAUGAAGGCUUCUGUCGCAGCCCUUCGGCGCGAUGCCGUGGUUACCCCGGAGGUACCACAUCCUACUCCUGGUGGACUCUUCCGGAAGCGCCCACCGGCGCCUGUACGGUUCGUUUGCCAUAUGUAA